AUGGAAUGUCUGAAACUUUUAGAAACUCUAGAUAUCUUUGGUUACGCUGGCAUAUGCGUGGGAACAGAAAACUCACAGCUAUUACAAAAUUCUCUCAUAAUAUUGCAACAAGAAAAUCAUUUUCAAAAGUGUUAUUAUUGGGGUAAAAUCUAUGGGGUUCGAAAUGAUUAUCAUAUUGCGUUUGGUUUUGAAAAAGAUUGCUUGAACGAUCAAGUAUAUUACUACAGUACGGAUGGCUUAAAUUGGUUAUUACUACCGAAAGCAAAUAAAUGUGCACGAUUCUUGACACCUCUUACAAUUAAUAAGUUCGAAGGGGAUCCUUCUAUAGCCACCAACGUUUAUAAUGUUAAUCCUCCGUUCCCGCCAAACGAAGAUCCCAAAAAGUAUUACGACGGCCCUAUACCAAAAGAACUGAAAGAGGAAGACAGACUGGCAGCUACGAUAGAGAUAAUUAGAGAAGAUGCCAUCAUAAUUCCUCGUGGUGCAUGGUUUAAGUGUCCCAAUGGGAACGUAAUUGAAAAUUUAAGUUUCGAAGGACUCAGUGUUACAGAUGCUUCGUAUUUAAAAUCGUAUUUGCACGCUCGUUCCCCACAACAAAAAUGGAAUACCAAUUUACUUACGAGACCUGAUUAUAAUUACGCAAUAGAUUUUUUAGAUACAAUUGAUAUGGAUGUGCCAUCAGGAUGUUGGAAUCUACAGUUUUUACAUGGCAAACAAUCAGUGAUUUUACAUAGUCUCUUUUGGCCUGGAAUGACGUUUUAUCAUAAAUUACAUAGUCCACAUUAUGGAUUUCUUUACUUUGGACAUGGGAAAAAGAAUAUGGAUAUUGUCUUUAUGUUGUAA